AUGGCCGCCUCUAUGACGGGAGAGCAGAUUUCGGCCAUUGCCUAUCAGCUUGAACCGCUUACCCCGAAAGGACUGGGGCCUGCGGUUGAGUUCAUUGCCAUAGUGUUUGGUAUUAUCUGUGUCAUCGUCGUUGGGCUUCGCAUAUACGUGCGUGCUGGUUUGUCCGGAGCAUCGACGAGACUUUGGGGUAUCGAAGACUGGUUAGCGGUUGUUGGGACUGUCCCAUUCAUACCAGCGGUCGUCUUCGCGGUUCAAGCGUCUCGUUAUGGAGUUGGAUCCCACGAUGUCGACCUCCCGUCACCCCUCUACUUGAUUCGCGCUUCCGAGUGCCAGUUGUACUGGGAGGUCCUCUACUUCAUUUCCUCGACCAUCAUCAAAUGUGCCAUUGGAUUCACCUGCGUGCGACUGGACAAGAGAAGGCCUGUCGUGAUUCUGAUGGCGGCCAACAUGUCCAUCAUGGUGAUAGUCGCGAUUCUUGCACUGGUUUUCGUCUUCGCCAACUGUGCCCCGCUUGCAGCAUCCUGGAACCCAGCAUUAGGAACAUGUCAAAAGGUCAUCAGCCUCCAAACUGUCAGCUACAUCGUGUCCGCUAUCCAGAUGGCGACCGACUGGAUUUGUGCGACCAUUCCCUUCUUCAUCGUCGCAGGACUACAAAUGUCCCGUAGAAAGAAGGUAUCGGUCUGCGCUAUUCUCGGCCUGGGAAUAUUCGCUUCAAUAGCGACUUGUGUUAGAAUGCCGUAUUUGAAAUACUACGAUACGGCAACAUAUCCUACCGAGAUUGGCUACCAUCUCGGUGUCAUUAGCAUCACAUCCAAUCUGGAAUGCGCAUUGGGGAUCAUUGGAUGUUCCCUGCCUCCUCUCCGCAAGCUGUUCAAGUUCUACUACGGCUCCUCUCACGACGCGAACUACAAAUACUCAGGCCAGAGCGAAAAUGUUCUCGGAAGUGCUGGACCAGCCAUCAAACUCGGCUCCAUCACCGACCACGAGAGAACGUACCACGCAUCAGCCAAACGUGCUGCUUCUGGUACCCGGGAGUUGGAGACGGACGAUGACCGUGAUGAUUCAAGUCAUAAGGGUAUCAUUCGCAAGACGGAGAUCUACGUCAGCUCCAGGUCUUCGUACCACCGCUAG